AAUAACCGUGCUGGUCAACGAAGCAUUAAAUUACUAUUUACCGUUGGUGCACAUUAUCCAGAUAACUCCACUAGGGAUACAGCUAUGGCGGAGAUGAAGCAAUUCGGCGACAUUAUACAACUCCCCGAGUGGUUCGAGGACCGUUACGAUGCCCUCGGAACUAAAGUUAGAUUGUCCUUCCAAAGGGCUGUGGAUCUCUUCGGCAG